GUUUCUUUCUCAACACAAAGGAAACUCUCACUGACUUGACAUGUUCUGGUUUUGAAUUCAGGCUACAAGGGGUCAUUGCUCUAAAAUUAGUCUCUCUGGGGAGAGAGAGGAGGGCGGCCAUGCCUCUAAAAUUAGUCUCUCUGGGGAGAGAGAGGAGGGCGGCCAUGCCUCUAAAAUUAGUCUCUCUGGGGAGAGAGAGGAGGGGGGCCCUGCCUCUAAAAUGAGUCUCUCUGCGGAACAUGACACCAACGUUAAGAGGGGUCAGUGCUCUAAAUGAGUCUCUCUGGGGAGAGAGAGGAGGGGGGCCCUGCCUCUAAAAUGCAUCUCUCUGGGGGACAUGACACCAAAGCUAAGAGACCAAUCCAGCAGGAGAGACCAGCCUCCCCUGUUCCCAGCUGUGUGUCCAUGAAGAGUGACUGGUCUAUGGAUCCUCCUAUAAACUUUAGAGAGGGAGACUUUUCUACUGAACAAAGACCAAUCAAUCAGGAGAGACCAGCCUCCCCUGUUCCCAGCUGUGUGUCCAUGAAGAGUGACCGGUCUAUGGAACUUCCUCUAAAGUUUAGAGAGGGAGACUUUUCUACUGAACAAAGAUACCAACAGGAGAGAUCAGAGUCAGAGAUUCUCAGUGGUCAGUCUUCCCAGAGUCAUCAAACAGACCUGGCCUCCAUAUUCAGUUUGCUUGAAGAGAAAAUCAUGACAUUUGUGAAGAACGAGCUGAAGAUGUUCAAGAGGAUUCUUAGUCCAGAACUCCCAGAAGGCUUUGAGAGUCAGAAGCAGGAUAAGGAAGUGGUGGAUGCUGAAGAUGAGCAGCAGGAGAGCAGUGCCAGAGAGGGGGCUCUGAAGAUCACACUGCACAUCCUGAGGAAAAUGAACCAGAAGGAGCUUGCUGACACACUAGAGAAAUAUUCAGAUGAUCCUGCUGUGAUUUGCCAACGUGAACUCAAAUCUAAUCUAAAGAAGAAGUUUCAAUGUGUAUUUGAGGGGAUCGCUAAACAAGGAAACCCAACACUUCUCAAUAAGAUCUACACAGAGCUCUACAUCACAGAGGGUGGAACAGGAGAGGUCAAUAAUGAACAUGAGCUGAGACAGAUUGAGACAACAACCAGGAAACAAGCAAGACCAGAGACUGCAAUCAAAUGUAACGACAUCUUCAAACCCUUAACUGGACAAGACAAACCUAUCAGAACUGUGCUGACAAAGGGAGUCGCUGGCAUUGGAAAAACAGUCUCUGUGCAGAAGUUCAUUCUGGACUGGGCUGAAGGAAAAGCAAAUCAGGAUGUCCAAUUUGUAUUUUCAUUACCUUUCAGGGAGCUGAAUUUGAUGAAAGAGGACAAAUGCACUUUCAUUGAACUUCUCAAUCACUUCUCAAUGGAAACCAAACAAUCAAGAAUCUCCAACUACGACAACUACAAAGUUCUGUUCAUCUUUGAUGGUCUGGAUGAGUGCCGACUGCCCCUAGACUUCCAGAAGAACAAGAUCUGUUGGGACGUCACAGAGUCAACCUCAGUGGAUGUUCUGCUGACAAAUCUCAUCAAGGGAAAUCUGCUUCCCUCUGCUCUCCUCUGGAUAACUACCCGACCUGCAGCAGCCAAUAAGAUCCCUUCAGUGUGUGUUGACCAGGUGACAGAGGUACGAGGGUUCAAUGACCCACAGAAGGAGGAGUACUUCAUGAAGAGAUUCAGUGAUGAGGACCUGGCCAGCAGAAUCAUCUCACACAUAAAGACAUCAAGGAGCCUCCACAUCAUGUGCCACAUUCCAGUCUUCUGUUGGAUUUCUGCAACAGUCCUUGAACACAUGUUAAGUACAGAGAAGAGAGAAGAGAUGCCCAAGACUCUGACUGAGAUGUACACACACCUUGUGGUGUUUCAUACCAAACAGAAGAAUGAAAAGUAUCUUGGGAAAGAAGAGACAGAUCCACACUGGAAUAAAGAGAGCAUUCUGUCACUGGGAAAACUGGCUUUUCAACAGCUUGUGAAUGGCAAUCUGAUUUUCUAUGAAGAAGACCUGAUAGAGGCUGGCAUUGAUGUCAAUGAAGCCUCAGUGUACUCAGGAUUGUGCACACAGCUCUUUAAAGAGGAACGUGGGCUGUACCAGUACAAGGUGUACUGCUUUGUUCAUCUGAGCAUUCAGGAGUUUCUGGCUGCUGUAUAUGUGUUCCUCUCAUUCAUCAACAACAAUGAGAAUCUAAUGGACAAACUGCAAACAAAAGACAAGUCUGUAGUUACUUUCUACAAGAGUGCUGUGGAUAAAGCCUUACAAAGUGAGACAGGAAACCUGGACCUUUUCCUUCGCUUCCUUCUGGGCCUCUCACUGGAGUCCAAUCAGAAGCACUUACGAGGUCUACUGACAAAGACAAGAAGCAGCUCACAGAGCCAUGAAGAAACAGUGAAGUACAUCAAGGAGAAGAUCGGGGAGGAUCUCUCUCCAGAGAGGAGCAUCAAUCUGUUCCACUGUCUGAAUGAACUGAAUGACCAUUCUCUAGUGGAGGAGAUCCAAAGCUACCUGAGAUCAGGAAGUCUCUCAGAAGACGACCUGUCACCUGGACAGUGGUCAGCUCUGGUCUUUGUGUUGCUGACUUCAGAAAAGGAGCUGGAUGUGUUUGACCUGAAGAAAUACUCCAGAUCAGAGGAAGGUCUUCUGAGGCUGCUGCCAGUGGUCAAAGCCUCCAGAGCUGCUCUGCUGUCAGGCUGUGGAGUCACAGAGGAAGGCUGUGCUUCUCUGGUCUCAGCUCUGGAGUCAAACCCCUCACACCUGAGAGAGCUGGACCUGAGUAUCAACGACCUGAAGGAUUCAGGAGUGAAGCUGCUCUCUGCUGGACUGGGGAAUCCCCACUGUAAACUGGAGACUCUGAGGCUGUCAGGCUGUCUAGUUACAGAGGAAGGCUGUGCUUCUCUGGUCUCAGCUCUGAGGUCAAACCCUUCACACCUGAGAGAGCUGGACCUGAGUAACAAUGACCUGAAGGAUUCAGGAGUGAAGCUGCUCUCUGCUGGACUGGGGAAUCCCCACUGUAAACUGGAGACUCUGAGGCUGUCAGGCUGUCUAGUCACAGAGGAAGGCUGUGCUUCUCUGGUCUCAGCUCUGAGGUCAAACCCCUCACACCUGAGAGAGCUGGACCUGAGCUACAAUCACCCAGGAGACUCAGGAGUCAGACUGCUCUCUGCUGGACUGGAGGAUCCACACUGCAGACUGGAGAAACUCAAUGUGGAACAUGGUGGAGAGAACAGAAUGAAACCUGGACUUAGAAAAUAUGUCUGUGAUCUCACACUGGACCCAAACACAGUAAACAGACUCCUCUCUCUGUCUGAGGAGAACAGAAAGGUGACAUGGAGGACAGAGGAGCAGCCGUAUCCUGAUCACCCAGAGAGAUUUGAGGUCUGUGGACAGGUGCUGUGUAGAGAGGGUCUGACUGGGCGCUGCUACUGGGAGGUAGAGUGGAGUGGGGGAGGGGCUGAUAUAGGAGUGACAUAUAAAGGAAUCAACAGGAGAGGAAGGGUUAAUGACUGUUGGCUUGGAUACAAUGACAAGUCCUGGACUCUGUUCUGCUCUGACCACAGUUACUCUGCCUGUCACAAUCAUUAUCCCUCUACCAUAGACGUCCGCCCCUCCAGCUCCCACAGAGUAGGAGUGUAUCUGGACAGGCCAGCCGGCACUCUGUCCUUCUAUAGAGCCUCCUCUGACACACUGACCCACCUGAUCACAUUCACCUCCACAUUCACUGAGCCCCUCUAUCCAGGGUUUAGGGUUUGGGGUGAAGGUGACUCCUCAGUGUCCCUGAAAUAAUAACCUGACACACACAUACACACACUGGACUCACGAACACACACACACAUACUGGACUCACGAACACACACACACAUACUGGACAAAAACACACACACACACACACACAUACUGGACAAAAACACACACACACACUCGACUCACGAACACACACACACAUACUGGACAAAAACACACACACACACACUGGACUCACGAACACACACACACAUACUGGACAAAAACACACACUGGACUCACGAACACACACACACAUACUGGACAAAAACACACACACACACACUGGACUCACACACACACACACACACACUGGACUCACACACGCCCACACACACUGGACUCACACACACACACACACACCCACACACACUGGACUCACACUGGACUCACACACACACACACACACACACUCACUCACACACACUGGACUCACACACACCCUGAACACACACUGGACUCACACACACACACACACACUGGACCGACACACACACCCUGAACACACACACAUAAACACACACUGGAAACACACACACACUGGACGCACACUCACAUUGCACACACACACUGGACAAACACACACACUGGGCAAAGACACACACACACUGGGCAAAGACACACACACACACACUGGACAAACACACACACACACACACACACAAUUGGACACACACAGGCUGGACAAACACACACACUGAACACACACACUGGACACACACACUGAACACACACUGGACUCACACACACACACUGGACUCACAAAGACACACACACACACACACACAAACACUGGACUCACACACACACUGCACUCACACACACACACUGGACUCACUCACACACACACACACCCUGAACACACACUGGACUCACUCACACACACACACACACACACACACACUGGACCGACACACACACCCUGAACACACACACACACUGGACAAACACACACACACUGGACAAACACACACACACUGAACACACACACUGAACACACACUGGACAGACACACACACACACACACACUGGACAAACACACACACACACACACACACACACACACACACUGGACAAACACACAAACACACACACUAGACACAAACAAACACACACACGCUAGACACACACACACACACACACACUGGACAGACACACACACACACACACUGGACAGACACACACACACACACUGGACAGACACACACACACACACACACACACACACACACACACACACAAUUGGACACACACACACACUGGACAAACACACACACUGGACAAACACACACUGAACACACACACACUGAACACACACACACACUGGGCAAAGACACACACACACACACACACACAAUUGGACACACACACACACAAUUGGACACACACACACACUGGACAAACACACACACUGGACAAACACACACUGAACACACACACACUGAACACACACACACUGGACAAACACACACACUGGACAAACACACACUGAACACACACACACUGAACACACACACACUGGGCAAAGACACACACACACACACACAAUUGGACACACACACACACUGGACAAACACACACACUGGACAAACACACACUGAACACACACACACUGAACACACACACACACUGGGCAAAGACACACACACACACACACACACUGGACACAAACACACACACUGAACACACACACACUGGGCAAAGACACACAUGCUAGACACACACACACACACACACACUGGACAAGCACACAAACACAGACACACACACACUGAAAACACACACACGCUAGACACACACACACACACACUGGACACAAACACACACACACACACACACACUGGACACACACACACACACACACUGGACACACACACACACACACUGGACACAAACACACACACACUGAACACACACACACUUGGCAGAGACACACACACACACACACACACUGGACACACACACACACACACACUGGGCAGAGACACACACACACACAAUUGGACACACACACACACACUGGACACACACACACACACACACACACACUAGACACACACAGACACUGAACACACACACACACACACACACUGAACACACACACACACACACACUGGGCACCACACACACACAAUUGGACACACACACACACACUGGACACACACACACACACACACACACACACACUGAACACACACACACACACACACUGAACACACACACACACUAGACACACACACACACUGAACACACACACACACACACUAGACACACACACACUGAACACACACACACACACACUAGACACACACACACUGAACACACACACACACACUGAACACACACACACACACACACACUGAACACACACACACACUAGACACACACACACACACUGAACACACACACACACACUAGACACACACACACACACACACACUGAACACACACACACACACACUAGACACACACACACACUGAACACACACACACACACACACUGGACACAAACACACACACACUGAACACACACACACUGGGCAGAGACACACACACACACAAUUGGACACACACACACACACACACUGGACACACACACACACACUGAACACACACACACACAUACUGAACACACACACACACUGAACACACACACACACACACACACACACUAGACACACACAGACACUGAACACACACACACACACACACACACACACACACUGAACACACACACACACACACACUGGGCAGAGACACACACACACACAAUUGGACACACACACACACACACACACACACUGAACACACACACACUGAACACACACACACACUGAACACACACACACACUUGACACACACACACACACUGAACACACACACACACACACUUGACACACACACACACACUGAACACACACACACACACACACACACGCUGGACAAACACACACAUGCUGGACAAACACACACACUGGUCUCACAAACACACACACACAUACUGGACAAACACACACACUGGACACACACACACACACACACACACUGAACACACACACACACUGAACACACACACACACACACACACACUGAACACACACACACACUGAACACACACACACACACACCCUGGACAAACACACACAUGCUGGACAAACACACACACUGGACUCACAAACACACACACACACACUGGACAAAAACACACACACACACACACACACUGGACAAACACACACACUGGACACAAACAAACACACACAAGCUAGACACACACACACCAACUGGACAAUCACACAAACUAGACACAAACAAACACACACACGCUAGACACACACACACACACACACUGGACAGACACACUGGACAGACACACGCACACACUGGACAGACACACACACACACACACUGGACAGACACGCACACACACACUGGAUAGAGACACACACACAGUGGACAGACACACACACACUGGACAAACACAUACACACUGAACACACACACACUGAACACACACACACUGGGCAAAGACACACACACGCACAAUUGGACACACACACACACUGGACAAACACACAAACACAGACCCACACACACACACACACACACACUGGACACAAACACACACACACUGGACACACACACACACACUGGACAAGCACACAAACACAGACACACACACACUGAACACACACACACACUAGACACACACACACACACACUUUACACAAACACACACACACUGAACACACACACACACACUGGACACACACACCCACACACACUGAACACACACACACACACUGAACACACACACACACACACACACUAGACACACACACACACUGAACACACACACACACUAGACACACACAGACACUGGACACACACACACACACACACACUAGACACACACACACACACACACACUAGACACACACACACACACACACACACACUAGACACACACACACACACACACACACUAGACACACUGAACACACACACACUAGACACACUGAACACACACACACACACUAGACACACACACACUAGACACACUGAACACACACACACACGCUAGACACACACACGCUAGACACACACACACACACACACACACUAGACACACACACACUAGACACACACACACACACACACACACUGAACACACACACACACACACACACACACACUGGACAAACACACACAUGCUGGACAAACACACACACUGGACUCACAAACACACACACACAUACUGGACAAAAACACACACACACACACACUGGACAAACACACACACUCUUCUUCCUAAAAUUGUGACCUUGACCCAGGACCUCUUACAAUAACAUGUAUUUUAUGUUGAAUAACAAAUUGUACAAUUAUAUACAAUUAUAUAUGGACAUACGCUCCAUAGUUGUACAAGUAUACAAGGAUAUAUUGUACUUUUCAUAAUAAAACACACUUGAAACAAGAAAA